AUGUUCGCCAUUCCCAAGAAUAGAACGGUGCCGCUACUAUCACGCACUCUAAGGCUAUUUUCCACCUCGCCCGUGCUCUUUGAGCCAAAACUCAAUGCUGUUCCGGCAGAGAAAACGAGAAAUAUAGGCAUCAUCGCCCACAUCGACGCCGGUAAAACGACAACGACAGAGCGAAUGCUCUUCUAUAGUGGGAAGACGCUGAGAAUAGGAAACGUCGACAAUGGUGAUACCAUCACGGACUACCUCCCGCUGGAGAGAGAGCGAGGAAUCACCAUUCAACUGGCAGCCAUUUCGAUCCCAUGGAACGGCCAUAAAGUCAAUAUUAUCGAUACUCCCGGACAUGCCGAUUUUACAUUCGAAGUCACUCGGUCGCUACGUGUCUUGGAUGGUGCUGUGACCAUUUUGGAUGCCGUUGCUGGUGUAGAAGCUCAAACAGAGAAAGUAUGGCGUCAAGCGGCCGCUUUGGGCAUCCCGAGAAUUGCAUACGUAAAUAAAAUGGACCGUUCUGGUGCUGGUUUUAGUCGAACGGUCAAAGAGAUCAUCCAGAAGCUUCAUACACGCGCAGUCCUUGUAACUAUUCCAUAUUGGGAGGAUCAGGGAAUCGAAGACCCUCGCUUUGCGGGUGUCGUUGACGUGCUCCAUAAGAAGUUGCUAAGAUGGGAUCCAAACGAUGAGGAUGGAAAGCUGAUCCUGGUAGUUGACUUAGAUGGGAGCGACGAGUCUUUAGAAGAGGUGUAUACAUCUUUAGUCAAAAGCAGAGAGUCCAUGGUGGAAACACUUGGCGAGCUCGACGAUCAGGUUAUUGAAGAGUUCUUUGAACAUGAAGAAGAUUACAUGAAAGUCACUGCAUCGACCCUCAUUUCCGCUAUCCGUAAGGCUACUAUCGCCAACGAGCUCACUCCUAUUCUUUGCGGCUCCAGUUUUAGAAAUAUUGGUGUUCAGCCCUUGAUGGAUGCUGUUGUGAGUUUUCUCCCCUCCCCAUUGCAGACGGCGGUGCCAGAAAUGUCGUCGCUGUCCGUAAAGAAAGUAGGUAAGAAGAAGAAGGAUAACGUUGCCAAAGAGCUUGAGGUUCCGGCCCAAAUGCACCCAAAACAGGGCCUUAUCAUCAACAAGAACCCAAAUUUGACGGUCGCCCUCGCAUUCAAGGUGAUUACUCAUCCAAUUAGAGGUCCGAUGACCUUCUUCCGUGUUUACAGUGGAAAACUUGCCUCGAACUCAACAGUCGUCAACAGCCGAACAGGUAAUAAGCUUCAUUUGAAGAAGCUCAUGCUCAUGCACGGUGACACUCCAGAAGAUGUCCUGGCUAUUCUGGCUGGAAACAUUGGUGUUGUUGCCGGUACACAUGACGAAAUUAUCACUGGUGAUACAUUGAUCUCUCGAGGCGCCACUGGCUCCAAAACAUUUAGUGAACUCGAAGCUAAUUUGAAGUUGCACCCUAUCGAGAUCCCUCCUUCUUUGUUCAACUCCAGCAUUGAGCCUCUCACCCUAGGCGAUGCGAGACACAUGAACGAAUGUAUCAGCGUCUUGCUCCGUGAAGAUCCCUCGUUGAAGGUGCAUGUCGACGAAGAAAUGGGUCAAACUAUUUUGAGCGGAAUGGGAGAGUUACACUUGGAAAUCAUGCGGGACAGAUUGGUGAACGACAUGAAGGCAAAAGUUCGCUUGACAGAUGUGGCUGUUUCGUACAAAGAAUCUGUUGUACGUCCAGACGGAAACCCAGUCAGAAUGUUUGGAUCAAAUGAUGAACGAUCGUUUGUGGAAGUGACCAUCGACUCCUUCGAGGGUGCAUCGAACCAGUCCGAUUUCGCCGACGAAAAUGGUGCUAUCCUCUUGGAUCUGGAGAACAAUAUUGUGAUUUUGGCCCCUGAGGCAGCUGAAGCGGAUAUGACUCAGGCUGUUGAAGACAGAAGGUGGAAAACUGAGGCGUCAAUGGAGGAUUUGGAAGAUGCAGUUGUGCAAGGAUGCCAUAUUGGAUUGCAGCUCGGAGGGCCAUUGUUUGGUCUUCCAUUGCACUCAUGUGUUGUAAGAGUCACCAAGUGGAACUUUCCAGUUCAAGCCAACGACGAGCAAGCAUCUGUGUUGAUCGAUGCAGCGAGAAGAGCUGUUGUGAAGGCUAUACAAGACUUACACUCUGCCGCAGAGACAAAUUUUGGCAUUCUUGAGCCGAUCAUGAACGUGAAAGUAUCUGUAGAGUCCGACAUGUUGGGAGACGUUGUGCAAGAUUUAAACAACCGAUGUCAGGCCACAAUCCUCUCCAUUAACGACGAGGAUUCGGCCAAAAUGGAGGGACAGCACUGGGCUCACGCUGAAGCUGAAAAGAUCUAUGUGCCUACCGACUAUACCAUGAAGCGCUCUGAGUACACUUUUAAGAGCAAGAAGUUGAUCAGCGCGCAAGCUCCAUUACGCGAAAUGGUUGGAUACCUUCUGAGAUUAAGAUCGAUCACUCAGGGCAGAGGCAGUUUUGACAUGACUUAUGAGGGAAUGAACCGAGCCACCCAGACCAGACUCAAAGCCAUCAAGAGUGAAUUUCUGAUCUUUUGA